AUGGAAACUCCGACGGCAAGUGAAACUCCUGUGGCGGAAGAUGUUGCCACGGAGAUCCCAAACGAUACGACUACUGUUCCGCCCAGUGCGGGUGAAACGCCAUUAGAUACUGAGCCAUCUUCUGGAGAAGAUACCACUGGUCUUCCUCAAGCUUCUGAAGAUGUAGAUAAGAUAGAGUUUAUGAGCCCUACACCACCGGGAGCUAUUGACUCAUCCGAAGACGAGGUGCCAACAACCGAUUCAUCUGCGGAGACCGGGUCAUCAGUUCCUGAGCCUACUGGUGCGUUUGAGAACUCACAGUCGGCAGUGGAGGGCUCUGUGGAGGGCAGCUCCGGCACUGUUACGGAGUCAACGAUCCCGACAUCUUCUACAGAGUCAAAUUCAUCUGAAAGUAGUUCAGUACCUGAACCGUCUCUCACCCCUCAGCCUAGUUUUGGAGAAGAAGGGCGGGAAGGAGGAUCUGAGGAAACUGACGAUCCUGAGCCUCAAUCUGGAUCGGACGAACCUGUCCUUGGCAACAGUCCAUCAGAUCCAAGCACUGAUGUUGAGACGGGAGAACCUUUGGAGGGGUUCCCGCCUGCAGAAACUCCUCUGAUUCAGCCUACACCCACAAUGCCCUCUGACGAAGAGUUUUCACAGAGUCCUGCGGAGAGUGAUAUGAUGAGUGCACCUGUUGAGAGCGCAUCAAUGGAGAUUGAUUCCACAAGUGGAGGAACUGAUGACAUUGUAUCCGUCGCAUCUACGGAGACAGAAUCUGCCGAGGUCUCGUUUGGACCUACUUCCUCGGACGAAAUCGAGAACCAAGACGCAGAUGAAGAAUCUCAACCCAGUGUGGAAGGCGAUACUGAUGGAGAUGUUGUGGUCCCUUCUUCUUUAGAGCCAAGCCUGUUGCCUGAGGCUCCAACUCUAGUUGACGCUACUCCUACCAUCGAUGGAAGUGAAACUACAGAUGAUCCGAGUCUGACUGUUCUGAUAAACUCAGAUGAAGGGUCUGAAGCUACAGUGGCAGAGACAGAUGAAUUGGCUGUGGAAUCAUCUUUGUCUGCGAACAACGUGGAAGUGUCCCCGUCGUUUGCUCCAUCGGAAGUGACUCUCGAACCAGGAUCACCAGGGGAAGUGCCUGAGGACAGCCCUGCAACAUCAGGGGAUGGACUUAUCCCUAGUCCGGGCAUUGGAGAAGCAACCCCAUUGACGGAAACAGCCGAAGAAGAUUUGACUACGCCGUCAGAAGGUCUGGAUUCCUCAUCACCACCUAUUGAUGUUACUCCUGCAACUUCCGCAACAACUAUUUCCCCGGAGAUCUCUGAAGUCCCAAGUCAGACGUUGAUGCCGGAUCAGGAACCUUCUGCUGGGCUGGAAGAAACCCCAAGUGAUCCACCUGGCAUUGAGAGCAUUCCUAGUCCUAGUCCAGAGGCUUCUGCUGAAGAAUCAAUUCCCGUUGCAUCAUCGGAAGUUACACAAGAUGGUGUUCGACCAUCUUCUGACGCGCAGCCAGAUGACACACCGUCAGUAUCUGAGGUAGAGGAUGUCGGGGUAACUUCGGACCCGGGCAUCGCGAUUUCAACAAGUACAGCACCACCAGAUAUUAACCCUUCAUCCGAAACCCCUGACCCUGUGGAGCCGACUCAACUACCAUUACCAGUACAAUCUCCUAGUGGCGAAGCAAAUGCCGCUGAAUCUUCUGGCGAGGGCGACGAUAGACCCGAGGCUUCAGGCGGAAAUUCUUCAGUUCCAUCCGAAGUGUUCACCGCCGAGCCCUCUCAAGGUCCUGAAUUUGGUUCGGGGGGCGGUACUACCGCUUCUCCAACGACAUCCGCUGUCCAAACUCCCGAUGAUGUUUCCAUUCUAGAGGCAGAAGGCGGUCCUGAGGAUUUGAUGGAUGAACCUGAUUCUGGCCUAGAGGAUUCCAGCGGCAAUUCUCUGCCUGGGGGCAUAGCAGGUAUGAGUGGAAUCGCGAUUGCAUCGUUUAUUGUUAUGCUCACUGUAGGAGCUGUAGUCUAUAAGACAUGCGCAGUUGUGCCAGGUGUUGGUGCGUUUGGAAUAACCUCUCUUUUCGGCUCAUCUGACGACGACAACGAGAAGAGUGGGUAUACGAGUGAGAGGGAAGAACGUGACCUAGACGAUGAUUCGCCGUGGGACCAAGUAUGGAAGAGUGCAUCAGAGUUACCCGAGAUGGUAGUUGCGGCUGGUGAAGCCGUUGCGGCGAAGGUAGGGGGACAGUUUGCCGGACUGUUCAAGCCUGGAGCUGCUCGAGUGAGACCACCGCAAGUUAUAACCCGACUCGCCGUGCCGGGAAUGUGCAUGGCCUUGAGCCAGUUGCCAGGUUCAGAUAUGAUGGCUUCUGCAUCGGCAAACUCAUCAGAGCUACGUUCUUUUAAGUCGUCACGUUUUCCAUCAUCUCAUGAGGCGACCUCUGGCACAAAAAGUGGCAGCCCUUCCGAAAAUGGAGUGGGAAGCUUGAAAACAGGAUGUCUUGAUGGGCCGAAGGUUGACCUACUUUUUGUUUUUGACGCUUCGGGAUCACUCUCGUGGAGGGAAUACCGACAAAUGAAGGAAGUCCUGACUAAACCAGGUGGCCUGCUUGAUGAUCUGAUGAGUAAGACGCACAGUGGUUCCCGUGUUGGGUUUGUUGAAUACGCUUACGAUUCUGUCGUCGUCUCUGAACUUGACCGGGACGAGGAGGCAGUUCGCAGGCGGAUCCUGAGCUCGUUUCAAGGGGACGCCAAUAAUUGGGACCGAGACGGGAUGUACAUUUACGAGGUCGGAGAAGAAGUUGGUGGAAACGCUCUUCGGAAGGUCGAUAGUCUUGUCGGACGUAGCUCAGACAAUAUUAUGGAGGCUGACCAGGGUAUGGAUGUCCUUGAGAGCGAAGGUGAUAUUGAAGAACCACCAACUGUUCAAGCGAAGGAAGUGCCUCCUGCCAUGAAUGGGAUGUCAAGAGAGGUGCAUUUAGCAUUGAAGUGGUCACGAUUUGAGAUGCUUCCGCCCGUAGUGAACAAGCACAUUCAGGCGCAAGUGCAAAAAGCUGGCCGGCUCCGCCGCGUGGUUGUUAUCAACGCAGGAGAAUUCACGAAGGGAGGCCAGAGCCCUGGAGGGGUUGAAGCAGCUGUUCAUGAAAAGCAGAAAAUGGAGAAAGCUGGUAUCCGCAUUCUGACAGUUGGGGUUGGGGAAUCAUGCGAAGUUAAUCUUCCGAGAGUCGCAACAGGGAAAUCGCACCUGUAUGCGACUUCCGUGUCUGGAGUGAUACCAUUGCUCCCCAAGCUCGCAGACAUGAUUUUAAAGGCGGAUCCAAGGCAGGACGGACUUUUGGCUUUGAACCCUCCGGCAAUUUUGAAGAGGAGGAGGAGGAAACGUGAAAAAUCGUUGAGGGAAAAACGGCAACAUGCGGUCUAUCGAGCCAUGCAGGCAGGAGCAAUCGAUCCCGCCAAAAGCAUAUCGAAGGGGCUACCGCGAAGAGCCAGUGAAAUGCCACCGUGGUUUACUCAGUAGUCUGUGCGGUAGUACCCUGUGGGGAGCUUUCCGUCUAGGGGUGACACCGGACAUUAGAACGAAAGAGUGUACAGAUAGUGAAAUAGAUUUAAUAGGGUAGCAUUAGUAGCGUUUAUAACACACGGGCUAGUAGCCCUCAAUCAACUAACUCCGUAUAAA